AUGGAAGGGAUGGCCUUACACAGGCCGGACAACGGUACGUCAAGCCCAGAGAUGGUAGCUCGCUUGCCGAAGCUGAUCUAUGGUAAAGGCGAGAAGGAUCACGACACGGUCGUGAAAGAGGCCAUUACGAGGAUUACCACCUUCGACGACACCACAUUCGACAACACCACCGUCCACGACGAGACAAUCAACAAGGUAGCCCUCGACACCGUCGUGGCCAUGUCGGAGACCGGCGCAGCUGACGCACCUCAAAAGUCGACGGAUACAACAUGCCACCUCCUUCGCCUUCGCGGCGAACUACGCAACCGCAUCUUCGAACUGAGCAUUGCUUCCGAGGGCUGUUAUUCUGGGCACGUGGGUAUUGAGAGCAGAAUUUCGAAAGGGCGUCUACUCCGUCGCGCCUGUCCUCAGCCGCCCGCCCUAGCUUCCACCUGCAAGCAAGUCAGACACGAACUCCUGUCAGCGCUCUACGGAGGAAGAAAGAUCAUGCUCUCUAGUUACACCAUGCAAUCGGAACAGAUUCUCAAGCUCUUCGCUGGAACAAGCAGAUCCUGGUUUCCAUACCUUCGCCACAUCACAAUUACAAUCUACGCUCGGAAGAUCGAAAUUGCAUACUUGAGCAUGCAUGUGGCAGAAACAGAAAAGCUUGUGGUGAACGUUCAAAACCAUUCCGGGGAGCCCGUAGCCUUUUGCACAUGCGGCGUCUCGCGGCAUGCAGCAUAG